GAACUGCUCCGGACUUAAUGAUCAUCGAGAGUUGUCGGAAAAUUUCGUCGCCCCAUGCUGCUUACAACAACGGCGAGAUUCAUCUGCGUCGUCGACAACAACAUCGUCAUCUUCAUACGCUACCCCUCCGCCCUCUCCCUUGCAAUCACAACAACAGCAGCAAAUACAACAGCAGCAGCAACAACAAUUACCGUCGCCGCUAAUACCCUCGAUUGUAACGGAUACAACAUUCUCCGAAAAGACCGCACCAGAAGUAACGGUGGGGGCAUUGCUCUUUCUCUCGCUUCUAACUCCAGAGACCAAUAUCUUGAAGUUCAAGGGGACUUCAAACGCCCACCAUCAGCUCUGGCACUCUUCGUUAGGGGAAGACCAGAGAGGUGCGUUGCUGGCGGAACAGAUUGACGAGUCCACCUUCUGCACCCUGAAUGAUGAUGCCCCCACGCGGAUUAUGGGUACCUGCGCUAGCUCGCCCGAAAUCACCAUAGCGAGUGCUGGUUUGAUCAACUACGCAACAUGGCGAGCCGUAGUUUCUCUGGGAUCAGACCACUUACCCAUAAUCGUUUGUCUGGAUCGACCUAACGAUUUUAUCGUCUCUGAACGCCGUCAAUACGUAAACCAAAAGAAAGCAGACUGGCACGGCUUCAGUGAAUUCACCGAACGCAUCUUCAGUGAUCUAAAUUUUCCCUCCAACAUUCUGGUUGGACAUGACAAGUUCCGCGAAACUGUCAUCGCAGCAGCAGCCCGCUUUAUUCCUGCUGGUCGACUAUCCAUAGUACGGCCGCACUUCCCGGCAGAGGCAGCGAGACUAGGACAACGCGGUGACCUCCGAAAUAUCAACCCCGACGACCCACGUAUUGUCCAGCUGAAUCACGAUAUCAGCAGGUUGGUAAAUGAAGACAAGCGGAAUAAAUGGUUAGAUCAUUUGAAGAACUGCAACUUAAGCUCAGGUGUUAGUAAGUUGUGGUCUACAGUUCGGUCUCUCUCCAACCCGACGAAGAAGGAUGACAGGGUCGCGAUUAAGUUCACUCAGAUCUCACAAGGCUUAAACCAGCAGAGGCCUUGUGAAAGGACACUCCUAGUGGCGCUAGACUUAACGAAAGCCUUCGAUACAGUCAGCCAUACCACACUCUUCCAGGACAUCCAGCAGUCAUCCAUGCCCAACAACUUGAAGAGAUGGAUUGUAAAUUAUCUGAGUGGCCGUCAGUCGUUCGUUGAGUUUAGAGACAAAUGUUCCAAAACCCGUAGAGUUAAACAGGGAGUACCACAGGGCGGUGUCUUAUCCCCCACACCUCCACAAGGUGUGGAAGUUAUAUCUUAUGCGGACGACUGUACCAUUAUGGCGACGGGCCAAAACGAUGAUGAGCUAUGCGAUCGAGUGAAUGGUUAUCUCGGAGAAAUACACAACUUCUUCACUGGACGUAACCUUAAACUAUCACCAGCGAAGUCUUCAGCUACACUUUUCACCACCUAG